AUGGCAGCACUUCAAGAACUCAGCAAAGUACAAGAUAUGUUGGACUCAGAGCAUGGCAGUGCUGUGAAAUUGGAGUUUAGCACUCAAAACACCUCUGAGGUCAAGUCAGGGGAAAAACCUGCACUUGGAGAGAACCCAGAAUGGCUUCACAUGGUCAAAACAGAAACACAAAGUUUUACGGACAAUAAGAAACAGCAUGCAGAGUUUGCAAGUGUUGUGAAAACUGAGAGGAAAUUGCAAGACAUCUGUGUUAAGAUGGAGCAAAACCUAGGACAUGCUGAAAGCACAGAACAACCAGCUGCAGCUUCAUCCAAGAGUAAAAUACAUUCUUGUAAAGAAGUUAAUACAGCAAUAAAGAUGGAACAGGAAGUAGGAAAUCAUAGAUACAUGAAGGUGGAUAAUAUCAAACUGGAAGGAUCACUAGAGCAGCAAGAUAAUCAACGACAAUUGUCGCAAGUGGUGCCUAGUUGCAAGAUAGAAGCUGUUACAAUGUGCCUAAACUUAGUAACUGCCCAAAAGAUUAGUGGCACAAAGUGUAGAAUGAAUAUUUUGAGAGACAGUGACCAGCAUCAGCAACAGACCUGUUGUGAUUUGUCUGAGGUCAUGGAUGGAGUAACAUUAAAUGUUUUUAUUGAUGUAGCAAAUUCAGAUUUCAACCAAAAUGAAAUAAAGUGUUUAGAAAGUGACACAGAAAAUGAUUUGGAUGUCAGUUGUGAGAAAUCCCAUGCUGAAGAAGACUGUCAUUUGCAAGUAACUCUUGGUCAAAAAAGAGACACAGAUUUUCUCGAGCACAUGGCCAUUCACAGUGACUUGAGAACUCACCGGUGCAGCCAGUGUCGUUCUGCUUUUCGAACUCAUUCCGAUUUAAAAGAUCAUAUGCUGGUCCACAGCAGUGUCAAAAGUCACCAGUGUGACCUUUGCCAGGCUGCUUUUAAGCGCUCCAAACAUUUGACGCAGCACAUGCUGGUGCACACAGAGCUUUUCAGACAUUUAACUCCUCGCUUCCCAGUAGUGUCAGAACUGCCUUAUUUGACAAAGGACAUCGACUGUGCAAAUACGAAUUCUGUUGCUGCUGGCGCAGACAUUUUGUUGGCUGUAUGUGAUGCAGACAAAGAUCUUAAGUGA